AUGCUAACCACUUUGCAGUCUCAUGAAGAGCCUUUACACCUGGGUGCACAAUUCAAGGGUGACUCUGGACGAAUUUAUAGGAUAGAAGAAGUCCUCGCUGAUCGCAGAAAGCCCCUGCUAUGCGUCUAUCGUGCACGAACGGCGGAAAGCGCUGAUGAAGGGGAAUACGUUAUCAAGAAUAUGAUCCCAGGCGAGUUCGAGUAUCAGUUGGAUUUGCAGAAACAACUCGCAGCCUGCCCCAACCUGCGAUCAGUAGUAGACACUAUCCCAGACCUCGGGUUAUUUAUCUACCCAUUCCUUACCGGAGACUUGCUUCAUAUCAAAGCGAACAAUAUCCUUGUUGAUUACGAUGAGAGUAUCCAGGGUGAAAUCAUCAUCAAAAAAGUUCAGAUCUCGGACCUUGAGGACGCGGUUCUUGUGCCACCUGGGAAAUGGCUGAGAGGACCACUCUGCGGCAAUGCCAUAUGGAGGAGCCCUGAAAGCUGGUGCCGAUCUCGCCAGAACCAAGCUUCAGAUAUGAUAUACGUCAUGCUGAACGAGAUGGUUUUUCGAGUCCGUGACUGCGAGCUUCAUGCAUCAGACUCUUGGCGCUACGUUCUCCGGAGACAUAUAUCCUAUUUUGCGGACGAGCAGGGCUUUGCUGGAUUGCUGGAGCAUAUUGGGGAAUCUAAUGCUUUUCAUGGGCGCUUGAUCACACUCGCCGGCGACUUCACAUCAGAGAGCCCUAGAGAGCCUUUCGAAUCUUGGAAUUACGUUGAGCCCGAAUUUAGGGACCUCGUGGGCAAGAUGACGAACCUAGAUCCAAACAGAAGAAUCACCGCCAGAGAAGCACUUGAGCAUCGUUGGUUCACCCAAGCUACUUGAACCAUACGGGUUUGAUAUUUCACUGCUGUUGAUGUUUUUAUUUAUACUUACCUUAAUGUGCUGUAAACAAAAUCGAAGAGUUUUACUGAGCUGUCUAUCCAAGACCCGAAACCUGUCCGAAACUAUCUUUCAUUAGACAGGGGUAUAAUUCAUGUAGCAGGGAUUUAAUGGCAUGUUGGACUUGAUCUUUUCCGCUUCGCAGUUUAGUUUGUUUGAUUUCUCUUAGGUUUUCUGCGGGAAAAGCUACAUGGUAGUACAGACCGAUGAGAGGAAUUAUCUAGAGCCUAGCUGCACUAUACACUAGCCCUCCAGGGGUACG